GUAGAAGCUGAGGACCAAGAAGGACAGACCCUUUGGGCAUCAUGGGAUGCUGCAGUGUGACUCAGAGACAUACUGGAGUGGAUGAGGUGGGCCCCGAUGAGAUCGAGCUCCUGGAACUCUCUGGAGACAAUUUAGGGGUUUGGAGUCUUGGAGAAACCAGACUUCAGCUGUCGGUGAGGAACAGCAAAGAUGAUCAGCAGCUUCAGCCACUGUCUCCACCUCCACCACCAUUCUCUUCAGUGAAACAUCUGGAACAAGAGGUGGUGCUGUGGGGCAGGAGCAGGGAUGAGUUGCAUCGCAGGAUUUACUCCCAGCAGCCAAUCAGAGGCUGGGAGGGUCAACCUGUCCGUGUAUAUGGAGAAGUGGUGCACUCUUCACUGGUGUCCGUGUACAACAUCUACACACAGGAAACCAGCAAACACUUCCUGGUGCUGUUUUCCUUUCACCUGCUGAUCCUCUCCCUGGACCAUUCUCUGAAGGACUUCAUUUAUGCAGGCAUCCUUCCCCUUUCUGGGCUGACAUUAAAAACCAUCUUUGAGGACUCUGACAUGUCAACACCAUCGGCACACAUGUUUGAGAUCAGCGGGCCGAUGGUGGAUUCUAAAAUCUUCAUAUGUGACAGUGCUGCAGCGUUGAAGACAUGGAUACAGCAAAUAGAAGACAGGAGAAACAAGUCCACAGCACGUCCCACCAGUCCAAUACACUCUGCCCUCGCCUAUCUGUUACCAUGUGAUCUGCGCUGGAAGAGAGAAGAGAUGAUAAAGUACUUAAUCAAGGCUCCAAUAUGGCAGUGGGAGGGAUCCCCAAUACAACACAUGGGUCAGGCUCUAUAUGUGUCAACUGUCCAUGUGAUCAACUCACAGAGACAGGGUCAUCAGGAAAGACUGAUGGUUCUCUUCCCUCAGGACGUCCUGCUGCUUUCAGUUGAUGACAAGAGACUGAAUAUAAGAUAUGAGGGCAGGUUGCCACGAUACAGCAUCAGAGCAGUGGAGCGGUCAGCCAUGGCUGGACGCCUGGAGUUUGAGCUGACAGGAGACCUGGUGGAGCCUUUGCUGGUCUUCUGCUCCUGCCUGGAGGAUUAUGAAAAGUGGAUCUUUCACUUACAGCAGGUGAGCAUUUCAAGGUCAAACACAAUUGAAUAACUUCAACUUAGUAGAGAAGAAUAAAAAAAAUAGCAUUUGUUUUUGUUCAUUUAUGAGGAUUUGAACAUAAAAACAGAAAGGACAGAUACAACAUUGUGUUUUGUAAAACUACACGCCUUAUUUAGUAAAGAAUUUUAAAAUUUUAGCAUAUCUGCAUGUUUUUCAUCAAAUGUGAGCAUUUUUGACAAUUUUUUUAGAAAAAAAAGGAAAAAUCUUACUUUUGCGUAUCAUGUUGGUUAGAUGGUGAAAAAUUAUGAUGAAAAUGUUUGAAAAUAAA